AUGUUUACCGCACAGAGACGUGUUUUUGAACGAAAACGGGGUCGAGAAGAGGAACAGCUCGCUGCGAAUGGCAUGAGCUUCGGUGAGCACCGAAAUAAACGACUCCAAUGUCUUCCUCUACGUGCAUCUCCUCGAACUGCACAGCAAUGGAUACCCGAUUCGUCCAUGCAGCCUUCCAGCCAUGAUCAAUUCCAACAAACCAACUUUUCGCAAUGGCCGUCAAACACGACGCCACAAAUCAAUGGAUAUUCUGACAUAGACAUGAUGCAAACAAAUCAGAUUCAGCAACAACAAACAUCGGACCGAUUGAGCAUGAUGCAGUUGGAGUCUGACAACUCCAACGGGCGCAUGCCUACUCCCAUUCAGCCCAGCUUUGCCGCACAAGUUAGAGGCCAACAGCCAAUGGCAGCCCCACCCAACGGCGUUGCAAACCUCGGACAUCACAACACCGGCCUCAACGACGAUCAGGGCGUUCCUCGCACAAUGGCUGGAGGAUGGCACGCCGCUCAGAACGAACGACGCCUCCCCUCGCCUAUUUCCGAAGGUGAUGAUUCCAUGGUAUGCCAACCCAUCACCCCUAUCACGGUACAGUUCAACCAUGAGAACAUGUCUCCAGGCAUGGAGCAUCCCAACGUGAAAAUUCAACCAUCGCCUCCUCAUGAUGUGGAACACCAUAUGAUGGAUGCAGAACCGAUCUGUCCAGGACAUGCGGCUGAUGGUGAGGGUGACCCUACAACACCUUCUCCUCGACGUGGUCAUAUUAGAAGUCGACACACCGUCAACAACUGGACAUGGCAACCCGGCAUGAAGAAGAGUUUUAGCAUCGGGUACCGAUCAGACUGUGACAAAUGCCGUGACAAGGUUCCCGGUCAUUUCAACCACAUUAUCGUUUCCUAG